UGACAAAAUACCAAAUAAACAAAUAAAAUUAAAUCAAGUAGAAGAUAAAUGACCUAUUCCAAGGCCCUUAAAUUACUCUAUGCUUAAUUUGUUAGUAUUCAAGUUGACUUAUAGUAUGACAUUUUAAUAUUAGCACAUGAGUAACUACAACCAUUCAUUUUUCUAUUUGUUUUUAAGUGUGUGCGAUUUCUAACACAUUGGAAAAUUAAAUGGGAAUGAAUGAUUUCAAGCACAAUGGAAAGUUUCAAACUAAAUUCAAAAUUCAUAACAAUUUUUCAAAUAUUAAUUUUAAAUUCACAUAAAGAUCGCAACAACUCAAUAAGCACAUCCACAACAAGAACAGCAACAACUACAUCAACUCCAACAACAGUGGCAACAACUACAAGUACAGCAAUAUCAUCAACAGCAACAACAACAACACAACUCAAUUCAACAACAGCAAUCUCAUUUAAAAUUUACAAAUAA